GCGAGAGCGAGAAAUGAGUCAUGCCAUAGUCGAGACUGAAUUCAGUCGUGACACCAAAAAUACAAGUUGCUGUCUGUUUUGUGUGUGCGUGCAGGCCACCUUUCAUUGCUUGGUUGCUGUUGGUUGCUGUUCUUGGCAUCAACGACAAGCAAGACAGACGAACAACACUCGGACACGCACGACCAGAGAGGAGACGAGUGGUCUCUGAACUGGAACAACUGACCCUCCCCAGCGGCACACAAACAAACACAACCACACACACACACACAUACCCCAACACACAUACGCAUCCACCCACGCAAACGCAGAAAACACACAUCCACAUACAUAUGCGCCGAGCACCAGUUCUCCUCUUCCCCUCUUCCCCUCCCCCCUCCUACUCUUUCCCUUCCAUCUGAUCCAGCAUUGACUGAUGGGGUUGCUCAAAGCGGUGUGGGCACUGCUGCCGCGAAAACGCCAGCGCCACAUCCGCUUGCAGUCACACGAUGAUGACAGCGAUCACCACCACCGCCACCGACAUGCCAGCCACCGCCUGCCACAGCACCACCAUCACCACCACCACGACGAGCACAACGACGACGCAAUACUGAUGAACGUGGGAUCGAAUCACGACAUGCGUGCAGAUGCAACAGCACACAUGUCGCAUGCACUGCCUAUCGAUGGAUCAAACGGCAACAGCACCGCGUCGUCGGCGACCAUCCGUGCCCGCACGACAUCCACCGUAGCUGCGCCGCCAGGUGACCACCCCGAGGCCGUAUGCACCUGCAGUGCCAAUCCAGCGCUGACAAAGGACCGCGCGGGGCACCAGGCGUGUGCGGCAUGCGCACAGGACCAUGUGCACGUCAUGGGCGGUGCCGACAGCGGGGCCGUGGUUGGCGCUGCCCCGCUCCCCGCCUCCGCAAGCAACGGGCCUGGGCUAACAACCGCCGCCUCUCUAUCAAAGGCAGCAGCAUCGGCAACAACAACAGCUGCCGCCGCCGUCAUGUCUGCGCUGCCAGGGGCGGGGGCUUCUCUUUCAUCUUCCUCCACCUCUGCAUCUGCUCGCAAGCGCAAGUCAUCUCGGCGCACGUCAUCGUCAUCAGCGGCGUCGACGUGUGCUGGCGCAGUCAGUGCGUGCUGCUCCGGUUUUGGGCGGUGGCUCAGCCGUCGCCUUCGCUGCCGCAUGAUGACAAACCCAGACAAGAUGACAUCGCAGUCAUAUGUCAACUACAUCACCGUCGUCAUUUUCCUCGAGUUCUUUGCGUGGGGGCUCGUCACAACCAUCCUCCCAGAGGCGUUUGCGGACUUCUUUGGGCCGGAGAGCAAGUGGAUGGUGCUUGGGCUGACACAGGGGCUGAAAGGGUUUCUCUCCUUCCUCAGUGCGCCGGUCCUGGGUGCUCUCUCAGACACCUCUGGGCGAAAGCGGUUCCUCCUCCUUGCUGUGGGCGCCACCUGCUUACCCCUGCCCUUCCUGCUCAUCGCCAACCUGUGGUGGCACGUGCUAGUUGUUGCCUUCUCCGGCGUGUUUGCCGUCACCUUCUCCAUCGUCUUUGCGUAUGUGUCCGACGUGACGAAUGAGGAGGAGCGGAGUGCGGCGUUUGGGCAGGUGUCCGCCACCUUUGCUGCCAGCCUUGUCAUCAGCCCUGCGCUCGGCUCCCUGCUGCAGUCACUGUAUGGCGUUCAUUUCGUCUGCGCGGUCAGCACCAUCAUCGCCGCCAUCGACGUCCUCUUCAUCGCCCUCUUCGUCCCAGAGUCCGUGCCCCCAUCGGAGGUGCAGAAGAAAACAUUUUCAUGGCAGAUUGCCAGCCCGUUUUCAUCGCUCAAAGUUGUGUUCAGCAACGUGUACAUGCUCAAGUGGUCGGUCAUCGUCUUCUUCAGCUACCUGCCUGAGGCGGGCCAGUACCAGUGCCUGAUGCUGUAUCUGCAGAGCAUCGGCUUCUCCAAGCCCGAUCUCGCUGGUUUCAUUGCCGGUGUUGGCAUCCUCUCCAUUCUCGCGCAAACGUAUGUGCUGUCCACCAUGUCCCACAGCAUGUCGCAGAAAUCCGUCAUCAUCGCCGGCCUCAUCGCCCAGGCAUGCCAGCUUGCGCUGUAUGGGGUGGUGACGACCAAGUGGGCGCUGUUCAUGACGGGCGGGCUGCUCGCCUUCAGCAGCCUUAACUAUCCCGCCGUCUCAGCCCUCCUCUCCCAGACAGCAGCGCCAGGCCAGCAGGGUGCUGUUCAAGGCAUGGUGACCGGGAUUCGCAGCCUGUGCACGGGUCUCGGCCCAGCCGUCUUUGGCGCCCUCUUCCAGUACACGGAGGUGCCGCUGGAUCAGGAAGGCGGCAACCGGCCGCUUGUUCCGUUUCCCGGAAGCCCGUUCCUGAUUGGGUGUGUGUCCGUCUUUGUGGCGCUCUUCGUCUCCAUGAGCGUUCCAGACCGCAAGCGGCACGAUGGGCGCAUGUACUCGCUGACAGAUGACACGCAACAGCACGUCUUCAACGCAUCGUUCGUUGCAGACACAUCGGAUGUGGAGCUGAAAGCUGAGGGGGACGGAUCGAGAAUUGAAGACGACGACGCACACGCACACACGCGCAAGCUCGAGAUGAGAUAGCAGCGAUAACGAGAAUGAAGGAAAGGGAUGUAAUAGUUGGAGGUGGUGGUGAUGGUGGUGGGUCGCGUGGUUAAAGUGUGAAUACGAGAGUGGUGAGUGCAUGCCUGGUUUUUAGCUUCGUGGUGUUCAUGCACUCGCUGCAUCAACCCCAGGUGCACUGCAGUAAUGUGCGCACAUGCAAACCAUUGCACUGGCUGUACAUAUUAUUGCCUUUUGGUACGACAGGGAGCACAGCAAACGUGUUGUACCUGCAGCUUUUUCGGUUGUCUUUCGUUGUUGGAUGUUUCCGUUUACUGGGUCAGUUAGGUUGGUAGCUCAACCACGCACACAUGUGUAUAGAUAUUUUUGUAGCUCAAGUACACCACGCUGUCGGCCA